CUCUCUCUCUCUUCUUUUUCUUCCUCCCUCUCUAUUACUUUUCUCCUAUAACCAAAAUUUAUGAUUUUAUAAAUCAUUUUUUUUUUAAUAUUUUAUAUUUUUUUACAUAUACAUAUUCUACAACAAUUAAUAAUUUGUUCAUACCCAUAAUAUGUGGAUUAUAUCAAGAGUGUUUGGUGAGUCACGGUGGACAAGAGCGAUUUUUUGUGUCAUCACAUUACAAGCAAUAUUAGCAACAACAUUCGAAGCAGUCAUUUUUGCUUUUCACGCCAACGAGAUAAAUUUAAUUGAUAGUUUACAUCUAUCUGUGGAUGAUACGGUUUCCAUGGCUACAUCCUUUGCCAAUGCUAGAUCUCUUUUGGUAUAUUUUGUUCUAUUUAUACUAGCACAAGUCUUUACUGUUAUAUUAGUAGUUGAUGCCAUUUAUCAACGAAAUACUAUUCAACUUAUUGCGCUGGUCGCUUUUGAAUUGGGAAUGAGUGCAUAUUCGAUUAUUCAGUUUCAUCAAUCCUCGACACUCAUAGAUACAGACAAAACUGCACAUUACACUUCUAAAGCGACACUUGCUAUGUCUCAUUUGGGCAAUGCAUAUCACUCAUCACAAUGGGCGGAAAUAACUCAAAUAUGCGUCAUGAUUAUAAGCACAAUUAUAUUCAUAUUUUUGGCUUACAAAUUGUAUUUGGAGUUUGGAUGGCAUAUUUAUAAAAAGAUCGGUGCCGAUUUAGCGAUGCGAGAUCGCUAUAAAAUGUAUCAGAUUUUCAUGAUGCUUCUUAAAUUUGAUUUCUUCUUUUUUCUCGGAUUUUCAGUGCAGUAUUUGGCUCUGUUGAUUGUUGCAUGGUGGCCAGACUCGUCUUCCAAAGGGUUGGAAUCAGAAAUUGUAAGAGAAUUAAUUGAACAUAUUGUACUUAGUUGUGUUGUUUCUAUCACGAUGCUUGUUUCAGCGUAUUGGGGUUUACGACGUGAAAAGAAAAUCCACAUGUUCAUCUUCCUGACAUUAUGUCUUGCAAGUAUGGCCUAUUAUAUCUACAUGCUCAUCCAGAUUGCUAAGGAUCCAGAGAGAUUUUUAGGUUCAAAAGCUUUCUUAACCUUUUUCUUGUGCGUUGACAUGGUUUUGAUUUUGGCUUCCGUACCUAUAGCCAUCAUUUGUUUAAGGAAUUUCAACCUCGGUCUAAUGAAUCACAUCUCUCAUGCCACUGCUUCGGCCACCUCAGCGCAUUCUAUGGCCCCAUUAGGUAUAGAAAAAUCAAACUCUUCUAGACGAUGGUCUAUUGAAUAAUUAUAAUGUAUCCCCCCACCCCCCCCCCCCCCCUUUUUUUUUCUUUUUUUCUUUUUAACGACAACUCCUUUUUAAUAAUUAUCCCAUUGCAUCUUUCCCCAUCCUUUUUUUCCCUUACAAGCCUAUUACUAUUCUAUUACAGACAGCAAACCCAAAUAAAAUCAAUAUCCUGUGACUUGCCUCCAUUUGCAUAUUUUACCGUGGGAAAAAGACCGUCAUUGGAGAGUUUUUUAU